UUUAGUAUACUUUUUUUUUCUGCCUUUUGUACUCCUAAUACAUACUUUCACAGUUCAUAUAAAGAUCUCGAGGGUGAAAUUUCAGGAGCAAUUCCAGUUUCAGCUUGGGAGAAUGGAGAACACUACCAAGGGCAAGGUGUGUGUCACUGGGGCUUCUGGCUAUGUUGCCUCUUGGCUUGUGAAGCGACUUCUUGAGUCAGGGUAUCAUGUUCUUGGGACAGUCAGAGACCCAGGCAAUCACAAGAAAGUAGGGCACCUGUGGAAUUUAACAGGUGCAAAGGAAAGGCUGGAGCUUGUGAGAGCUGACCUCUUGGAAGAAGGGAGCUUUGAUGAUGCUGUGAUGGCUUGUGAGGGUGUCUUCCAUACUGCAUCACCUGUCAUCACCGAAACUGACUCCAGCAAGGCAGCAGUGCUUGAUUCAGCGAUAAACGGCACCCUGAACGUUCUGAGAUCAUGCAAGAAGAACCCAUCCCUCAAGAGGGUAGUCCUCACCUCUUCAUCAUCAACCGUGAGGCUCAAAGAUGAAGCUGAUCUGCCACCCAACGUGUUGCUGGAUGAGACAUCAUGGAGCUCCAUGGAGUUCUGCGAGAGUCUCCAGAUAUGGUACGCCAUUGCCAAGACACUUGCAGAGAAGGCAGCCUGGGAGUUCGCCAAGGAGAACGGCAUCGACCUUGUGGCUGUUCUUCCAACCUUCGUGGUUGGACCCAAUCUGUCUCAUGAAUUAAGUCCCACUACCACCGAUGUCCUCGGCCUAUUCCAAGGUGAGACAACGAAGUUCACCAUGUACGGGAGGAUGGGGUACGUCCACAUCGACGAUGUCGCGAGCUGCCACAUCCUGCUCUACGAGACACCCCGUGCAGCCGGGAGGUACAUCUGCAACUCGGCUGUCCUGGACGUCAACGAACUGGUCACCUUGCUCGCUAGGCGAUUCCCUUCGUACCCCAUCCCAAAGAGUUUGCCGUGCGUUUACGGGGAGCAGACUUAUGGUUUCAGCACGGCCAAGGUGAGGGAGCUGGGCAUGAAGUUCAGAGAUGUGGAGGAGAUGUUCGACGACGCCGUCGACUCGCUCAGAGCUCACGGCUACCUGCUGAACAGCGUACCAUGACAAUUGACGACAAAUUUAUCAGAAUUCAGAAAUUGGGUAUGCCCCGACGAAGAUGAAGCUGUAGCUAGAAUCAUCAGUUGCACACAGGAAAAAUGUGUCUCUGUGUCAGAGAAGGUUGUGCGCUACUGAAGAAGUGGAGAUGAUUAUGUAUUAUACUCCCUCCGUUUCACAAUAUAAGUCAUUCUAUUAUUUCCCACAUUCAUAUUGAUGUUAAUGAAACUACAUCUAUUUAAGUUUCAUUAACAUCAAUAUAAAUGUGGGAAAUACUAGAAUGACUUACAUUGUGAAACGGAGGAAGUAGAAGAUUUAUAACUUGUUGAGAAAACGUUAAUCGUAUUGUUCGUGUAUCCAAAACAUAAAUUUUAAAAAAAUAUUAUCUCGUUCAGAUUAUUGUUA